UAUAAUAGUAACCAAGCUCAGCUCAGGUUCAAUUCAAGAAUGGUGGCGACAUCCGACUGCAUUAAGGCUAAAAUAAUAACUGCGAAAAAGGUGUCCAAACCUCUUAUGGAGAAGAAAAGGAGGGCUCGCAUAAACAAAUGCUUAGAUCAAUUAAAAUAUCUACUGGAGAACUACUACACCAACAAUAUUCGAAAACGCAAGCUGGAGAAAGCAGACAUCUUAGAACUAACCGUGAGGCAUCUGAGAAAUCUACAAAAGAUUCAGAAUGGCUCUUCCACAAACUCUGAGAUCUCUGACUAUCAAGCAGGCUUCCGGAAUUGUCUAGCGGGCGUUAAUCAAUACAUGUUGAUGGCAGACAACUCUAAUGGGAGCAGUCGUUUGAGUGUACUGGCGCAUCUUUCAAGCAACCUGCUAUGCACCGGGGAACAGGCGCUCAACUCCAGCACCGUGGACAGCGACUACCCCACACGUACAGCACCAGAGGCAACAACGCAAAAACAUGCCGCUGAAGCGAACAAGGCACGGUCUACUGUUCCCCUCGCCCGCUGUGUCCGAUCAUUGAAACCCAACAGUUUAACUGCCAAGAUCAAGCACCAUUGGUGA